AUAUUUCAGGAACUGGUAUGAAAAAGAUGACCCAGCCAGAAGUUGCACAAGAGGAAGGCCAGCCAGGUUAUAAAUGAAAAGAGAGGGACAGAUCAACAGAUGACUGAACGUGUCUCCUAAACUAAUUUCACAAUACCGACCUGAAGCAUGGCGGAGCACACCGAUAAACUUAUCAGCAUAGAAGCAAAUAAACUCAAACAUUCACAGAGUUACCAGGAAACUACAUCAGUGGGGAUUAAAAGAAUGCAAAAGCGAUUCCUUCAGAAAGAUGGCAGUUGCAAUGUUUACUUCAAACAUAUCUUCGGGGAGUGGGAGAGCUAUGUGGCUGAUAUUUUCACCACACUGGUAGAUAUCAAGUGGCGCCAUAUGUUUGUGAUCUUUUCCUUAUCUUAUAUCCUAUCCUGGUUAUUGUUCGGCUUAGUGUUUUGGCUCAUUGCGCUCCAGCAUGGAGACUUAUUGCCUGAAGAAGAAGUCACUCCCUGUGUGGAUAAUGUCAAUAGUUUCACAGGGGCCUUCUUAUUUUCCCUGGAAACCCAAACCACCAUAGGCUAUGGAUCUCGCUGUAUAACCGAUGAGUGUUCUGUAGCAAUCCUGACAGUUGUCCUACAAUCUGUGUUAGGCUGCAUCAUUGACACGUUCAUUAUUGGAGCUGCCUUAGCAAAAAUGGCCACUGCCCGAAAGCGAGCUCAGACCAUUCGCUUUAGCUACUAUGCAACAGUAGGCUUACGGGAUGGUAAACUUUGUCUGAUGUGGCGGAUAGGUGAUUUCCGACCUAAUCAUAUGGUAGAAGGAACCGUAAGAGCUCAGCUCUUGAGGUAUGUGGAAGACAAGGUGGGCAGGAUGAUAUUGGAGUACAAAGACUUAAAACUGCUAAAUGAUCAGAUCAUUCUUGCCACUCCAGUGACCAUUGUCCAUGAAAUUAACCAAGAUAGUCCACUGUAUGAUUUUGACAGGAAAACUCUGGCUAAGGACAAUUUUGAGAUCCUGGUUACAUUUGUUUACACUGGAGAUUCAACAGGAACAUCACAUCAGUCAAGAAGUUCCUAUGUGCCAAGAGAAAUCCUCUGGGGACACAGAUUCAAUGAUGUUCUGCAACUGAAGAAAAAAUACUACAAAGUCAACUGCCUGCAAUUUGAAGAAACCACUGAGGUUUACGCUCCCUAUUGUAGUGCCAAGUAUUUGGAUAAAAAGGAACUAGAAUACACAAGUUGUGAUAAGACAACAAAUGGAGAACCAGAAAUCUCCUCCUCUUCCUCUUCCUCCUUCUCUUCUUCCUGCUCCUCAGGAAUCAGAAUCAGAUCAUUUAGUGCUGACGCUUUAAUUAUUCAUUCUGAGGUUUCUGGAGAAUCAGUCAAAAUUUCCAGUCCAAUGGAGCUGCCAUACGACAGAGCUCUGGUGACAUUAAACAGAAUGUCAAUGGAAUCCCAGAUUUAGCAAUCAAUGACUUUUGCAGAACUGUACAACUAACUAUAACAGCUAUUAAGUGCACAAAGUUCAUUUAAAUUCUAGUGGUCAGAUCCUCGAAAUAAAGAAGAGAUUUACUGACAAAAUGUUAAGAUUGCACUCUGCCAUUAAUAUAUAACUAGCUGUUAACAAUUAUCUUUUUUACAAAUUAUAAAAUUCUGCAUAGUGACACUGAAAGUUAUUUAUUGAAAAUUCAAACUUGUUAUCCCUGAAUUUGCAGAGGUAAUUAUUUGAAAUAUUAAUCACAUUAGUCUACAAUUUAGACAUAUUUUGGAAUUGAUCCAGGUUUAUAUAAUUUUUGGAGAUAGACCAGAUAGUUUUGAAACAACUAAUCUUUGUUUCUAUGUAAAUUUGUAGACUUUUCUUCAAUGUAUGCAUUUUUUUCUUCUUUAAAAUUACAAGUAAAAAAAUAACUUUUUUGGAAAUGAAAAUACUAAGAUCACAUAUAAACUAUGAGGAGAAAACACUGAUUUCACAGAAAAAUGAAAACAAGUAACUAAUUUUGCCAAAAGCACCUUAUUUAUUGCACUUUACAUUAAUAACUGUUACUGAUCUGAUGUGGUGAUAUAAGGUCAAAUAUAUUCAAGUCUAUAUUUGUAGUAUUUUCAAACAGCAGCUUUUAAAUCAUUUAAUAUUUAUGUGCAGAAAAUGUUAAAACUUAUUUUGGCCUAUUUGAAGAAAACAGAAGUGUAUAAUGUACAGUAAUGCUAGGCCUGGUUUUUACAAUUAAUAUAUAAACAUUUUCUCCUCAAUAGUUGAGACCAUCUAUUAUUUUAUUUUUCAUUUUUAAGUACUUAACUAGAUCAGGGCAUUUUGUUUUCUUUUUCUAUUUUGCAACCUCAACAAGUGAUCUGUAAACCAGACAAACCGGUUCUUUUAAGUGUAGGUUGAUGGCUCUUAAUUCCCAUUACAAGUAUCCUUAAACUUGCUCUUGAAAACCUGGCUUCUGACAAGCCCUCAUUGGUUAACUACUCUGCUGGAGAACUAAAACAUACUUACCUAACUAUAACUGUGUAUUUUCCAAUCAGUAGCUCACCGGUUUUUCUGGGCAAACAUCAGAUGCGGUAUUGGAGGCACAUGAGAAGAACUGUUUAUGAGUAUCCUUCCCUUAAAAGUGUUAAACUGAAAAUUGAAAAUGUGGACCACUGAUGCCCUUUACAGAAGUUAUGGAUUUUAUUUUAUUUUAAUUGAAAAUAAUAGCUAUUGUGAAAUGAGAAAAAAAUCAGCACUAAUGAACAUAUUGACAGAAUAGAGCUUUUGAA